GUUGGAGUUUCAACUCGUGGGAAUGCUGAUUUUUCUUUGAAUGGUAGUAGACAAUGUUUUUGGGGUCGUGGAGAAGCUAUGAAUGUUUCGUAUUCUUACAGUGUUAAGAGUGACAAAAGCUUUGGUUUCACAUUUAUGAAGCCGUUCCUUGGUUGGCAAAAAUAUUCGAAUAUUUCUUUCUCAGCUUAUCGCGAUUUCGCCUAUUUACCGUGGAAUUUAUGCAAUUCAAAAGAAAAUGGUUUGCAUUUCCAAUACAGUGGUCAGCUGUGGGCGCGAAAAUUGUUCCACAAUAUAAAAGCAACAAUGACAUGGCGAACAUUAUGUCCAUCACGAGAAACAGUUUUUUCUAUUCGAGAAUAUGCAGGUCACACAAUAAAAUGCUCAUUGGAAAAUUCAGUUGCUUUUGAUACUCGAAAUAAUAGACUACUGCCUUCAAAAGGAUUGCUUCUUCGUUUUGCUCAGGAAUAUGCUGGCUUGAUGGGUGAUGCGACAUUUGUUAAACAUCAAUUCGACUUCCAGGCUGCUGCUCCGCUUAUCUUCGGUACUUUCUUAAGUGCUUCAAUACAAGCUUCUGUAUUAACGUCGUUAGCUGGCCGUUCAUUGCAUAUAUUAGACAGGUUAUAUUUGGGAGGUCCAUAUGAUGUUCGAGGUUUUAAUAUUAAUUCAAUAGGUACACGCGGCAAUACUUCCUGCCUUGGCGGAGCCACAUCUUUUGCUGGUGUUCUUCAUUUUUAUAUACCACUGAAACCUCCAGAAUCUCUUUUCGCGCAUGCAUUUCUCUGUACUGGUUGCGUAGCAUCUGUUCACUCGAAAAAUCGAUUGUCUGAUCUGGCUAAUUUUCAAAGAAUAUCAGGCGGCAUAGGUUUAGUACUAAUACUUGGUAAUAUUAUUCGUGUAGAAAUGAAUUAUGUAGUACCAUUGAAGCACAGUGCUGGCGAUAGUUAUACACCUGGUUUACAGUUUGGAGCUGGGAUUAAUUUUUUAUGA